AUGUCGGUGUACGCGAACAAAGUGAUGCAACCGGUGAACGGCUUCACCGCCGAUUUAAUCCGCGCCGUGCCGACCUUCGAGAAGUUGCGUUUAUCAUGGACACAUAAUCAUUUAAAGAGCGAAGGCAUGGAGAAAUUCAUCGAAGAGUUCUUGCCAAAGAUCAGAGAAAACAAUCCCCGCGUUCAGUACCUUUUACACCGGACCUACACCGAUUGUGAUCCGUUCGUCGUUGGAGAAUACACCUGGAUGAGGCAUCGAAAGAAACGAGUCACCUGGCGAAACGAGUUCCAAAUUCUGAGCAUGGUUGAGGAGAUUAUGGCGCACACCGGCGAUUACAGAGAAGGAAAGCGGCGACGAGUGCAAAAUCGACUACCGCGCGGCCAAGAGCUCUGGGAUACCGAAACGAUGGGACACGACGUGUUUGAGAUUCGCAGCAAAUGGAAAGCGGAUGCUGAGGAUUUGGCGUGUUUUCGAUCAAAAGAUCAUCCACAUUACAUUUACAGGAAAUACCCGAAA